AAGAGCACUUAUAAAAUGCGUGACUAUAUUUUAUUACACACUUUCUUCAUUCAUUUACUUCCCCUGUCCACAUUCAACACAUCAUUCAUCAUAAAUCAAAUACGAAAAAGGAAAGGGUAUUUGUGGAUCUAACGGGAAAGAAGUAACGAUAUGGGUCGUGGAGUUAGUAGUGGAGGAGGACAGAGUUCAUUAGGAUACUUGUUUGGGGAUGGUGAGGCUCCAACGUCAACUAAAACAAACCCCCAGGCUGUUCAAAGUGAAGCUCAGCCGAUAAAUAAAGAGCCUGUUGCUGCUCCUUCUCCUCCUGCUGAUGCUACUAAGCAGAUUCCAGCAGGUAUUCAAAGUAUCAGGGCAGAUGGUCAAAACACGGGAAACUUUAUCACGGACCGGCCAUCUACCAAAGUACAUGCAGCCCCUGGUGGUGGAUCUUCUCUAGGUUAUCUCUUUGGGGGCGGCAGCAGCUGAUAAAGAAUGUCCAAUCACCCAUCGUCGUUUCAUUAUUUCUUAUACCUUGUUUAUCAACUAUCAUGUCAAUGUAAUUGUGUGUAUCGCGAAAGAACGUUGUGUUGUUCUAUGUUUGUUACCUUGUGCUGGUGGGUGAGGGAGUUUUUUUUUAAGCCUAAGUAUUUGUGGUAUACUUCAAUUGCACAAACUUCUGUUCAUAUAUUCGCAGUUGACAGCCAUUAUAUUCUAAAGUUUACGCUCUUUGUUGCUAUAUACAUAGCUUUUGUUAAUCGA